UGGGUGGUGUAAAACACACCCCUGGAGAAACACCCAGUUGAAGACUAGCAUUCAUCUGAUUCAUAUUCUACUUCAUGCUCAGACCUUUCUCAAACUCUUCUACACCUGGCCAGAAGAACCUUACCUCAAACCGCAACAGGUACAGAAUUGUGCAUGAAGAAUGGCAUCGUCUGCUGAGGACAUCAUAGAGACUGCUGCCCUGGGGAGGCCAUUUACACUUGGGAUGCUGUACGAUUGCAGAAGGGAUUUCCUUGUUCCAGGUGUUACAUUGUGGGAUAAUGAGGACCUGCGGCAGAAUACUUGUCAAACAGGACAACAAAACACAGAAUUCAAUAUCACAGCAUCAGACUCAAUUGAUGAGAAGUCAAAUUCAUUGAAUGUAUCUGGAUCUCUGAAACUAAGUCUCCUUGGAGGACUAGUGAAUGUGUCAGGAUCAGCUAAAUACUUCCAGGACACAAAGAAAUCUCAUAAACAACAGCGGCUCACUCUUCAUUACAAAACAACAACAAGAUAUGAAUCACUAACAAUGUCUCACUUGAGUCGUGGACAAGUAUCCCAUCCCAACGUUUUUAAAGAUGGCACAGCCACACAUGUUGUCACUGCCAUCUUGUACGGGGCCAGUGCUUACUUCAUGUUUGACAGAGAAUCAUCUAACGACGAAGACAAGAAACAUAUUGAAGGGGAAGCCAAACUGAUGAUGGAUAAGCUGAAAUUCAUCAAAAUAAGUGCAGAGGCAUCUUUUGACAUGGAUGAAAGAGAGAAAUGUGCCGUGGAAAAAUUCAGUUGCACAUUCCACGGAGAUUUCCAUCUUGCCAGCAAUCCAUCAUCAUUUAUCGAGGCUAUGGAUGUUUACAGACAACUUCCAAAGUUGCUUGGAGAGAAUGGAGAGCAUGCUGUUCCAGUCAGGGUGUGGCUGUACCCUCUGGUGAAAUUGGACUCAAAUGCUGCAAAACUACAAAGAGAAAUCAGCAACAGCCUCAUCACAUACACAUCAGGAGUCAUAGAGCACUUAAACGUGACAGAGAUGAGAUGCAAUGACCUGCUGAAGAACACAGCAGCAACUACAUUCCCUGUCAUGGAGGAGAAGCUUCGUACUUUCAUGCAAAACUGCCGUCACUACAAGCUUGAGUUUGUGCAGAUGUUAGGGUCAGUACUUCCCUCUAUCCGAGGGGGUGGAAAAGAGGAGCAUGCCCUUGCAGACAUCCUUAAGGAACAUGAGAAAUCUCCAUUCAACAGCAGAGACCUGGAUCAGUGGCUAACCAAGAAAGACAAGGAAUCAGACACAGUGGUGUCCUUCCUCAAGCAGCUGGAGAAACUUGGUGCAAAAUUAGAUGACAACUUGGAUGAUCUUUUAUCUGAUUUAGACAUCACAAAUGUCGUGAGCUUCACAUUUACCUCCAUAGACCAGCCUGAUAGCUGCCUCAUGAAACAAUCACAUUUCCUUACUCCAGCAGAAAUGAUGAGAGAAUGUCCAGAUACUUUACAGACCAGAAAUACAACUCGCAAGAGAACAUUUGACGCUCGAGAUACAAUGAAUCCAUCACGUCCUAUAAACACAGAGUGGCUUUCUGCUGAUACAAGACAAAGCAUGAGGACACAGUUACAUAUGUUCAAACAAUUGAAGGAGUUGAAGAGCAGUGUUGACACAAAAUUCAUUGUUGCAUCCAGAUAUGAUGACCGUUUCCCUGGAGCCUGUAUAUUCAUAUAUGAAGGUGGGUGUGAUGAGCCUGUCCCCUUCACUCCUCCAUCCAAACCAGCCACUCCAACCACCUCUGAUGUUUCAUACCACAGAUUAACAGUUGGGGUAUCAGACCCAGAUUCUGCCACUGUAGAGCACCUGGUAGAGUUCAGAAUGAAGAGUGAAUGGAUUUCUCACCCUGUGCAGAAGAACGAGAAAACAGUGACCCUAUCAGGACUGAAACCAGAUACUGAGUAUGAGAUCAGAGUCACAGCUGUGGGUAAACUUGGCUAUUCCAUCAGCAGUGAUGCUAUUACUGUCAAAACCACUAUUAGCCCACCAACUGAAGCAAAAGUUGAGAAUGUGAAGGCUUACUCAACCAACAUUGGCCCACCAACCAAUGUGAAAGUAAUUGAAAAGAAGGCAAAUUCAAUUACACUGAGCUGGUUAAACCCAGAAAAUUGUGAAGGUGUAGAGCAGUACCUUAUUGAGUACAAGGAGGAACACAGCAGUCGUUGGCAAAAACAAGACACAAAAAAAGAAAUGUACAAAUCUACUCUGAAGAACCUGAAACUGAACACUAGCUACUCCAUCAGGAUGCGCACAGAUGCAAAGAGUGGAAUGAGUGACUAUGGUGACAUUUUACUGGCUACAACCAGGGAAGGGCCACAGGACAAAAAAAGGUUCACUAUGUUGCCAUCAGGUAACCCACCAGUAACCCUACCAGUGUAUGGGCUAAAUUUACAAAAGGCAACCACAGUUCAGUUCAGAAAAAUGGAGUUUGGAAAACCCAAGCCAUUAGGCAACCCCCCAAACAAAACCAUCAUGUUUGUUGGUGCCACUGGAUCUGGCAAAACAACCCUCAUCAAUGGCAUAAUCAACUACGUACUGGGAGUUGACUGGGACAAUGACUGGAGAUUUAAACUGAUUGAUGAAGAUACUCAGAAAACUCAAGCACACAGUCAGACCUCAGCGGUGACAGCCUAUCAGAUUUACCACACAGAUGAAUUCCAAGUUCCAUAUUCACUCACUAUCAUUGACACCCCAGGGUUCGGGGACACCAGAGGGAUCAAACAUGACAAGGAGAUUACAGACCAAAUAAAACAGUUCUUCACAAAUAAGGAUGGCAUUGAUGCAAUUGACGCUGUGUGUUUUGUAGUGCAGGCUGCUUUAGCUCGUCUGACACACACACAGAGGUACAUCUUUGAUGCUAUUCUCUCUGUGUUUGGUAAGGACAUCGCCAGCAACAUCAUCACUCUGGUCACCUUUGCUGACGCCAAAACUCCUCCAGUACUGGCAGCCAUCAAAGAGGCCGACAUUCCAUGUGCCAAACAAAAGGAUGGGACCCUCAUCUAUUUCAAAUUCAACAACUCUGCACUUUUUGCCAACAACAUCAAAGAGAAUAAGGAUGGCAAAGACUCUUCUGAUGAGGACAAGGAGGAGGAUUUUGAUUACAUGUUCUGGAAAAUGGGGAAAAGCAGCCUGAAGAAAUUCUUCACUCAUCUGAAGACAAUGACAACCCAAAGUCUGAGUCUGACAAAGGAAGUUCUCCAGGAGCGUGAUCGGCUGGAGGCAACUGUUGAGGGAUUGCAGCCACUCAUCCAAAAGGGUUUGUCAAAAAUGGAGGAAAUACGAACAACAGAAGCAGCACUGGACAAACACAAGAACCAAGUUGAGGAGAACAGGGACUUUGAAUAUGAAGUAGAGGUUGAGAAACCUCAGAAGAUUGAUAUUCCAAGAGGAGAAUACAUCACCAACUGCCUUCAAUGCACUUUCACCUGCCACCGCAGGUGUGGUAUACCAAAAGAUGAGGAUAAAAGGGGCUGUGUUGCAAUAGGUUCUAAUGGCUAUUGCACAGUUUGCCCUGGAAAAUGUAUAUGGAACAUUCAUCACAAUAUGGAGUACCGAUUUGAGACACAACGUGUGAAAGAAAAGAGGACGUACCAGAAUCUGAAGACAAAAUUUGAAGAAGCACUUGGAGAGCAGAUGACCACAGAGAAAAUGAUGUCACAGUUGAACCUUGAAUAUGAGCUAGUGCAGGAGGAGGUUGUUGAGAUGAUGAAUACUGUAAAUAAGUGUCUGACACGUCUGAAACAGAUCGCACUUCGGCCAGAUCCUUUGUCUACUACUGAGUACAUUGAUCUGAUGAUACAGUCCGAGAAACAGGAGUGUAGACCUGGAUAUAACGAGCGCAUCCAAGAGUUAACGGUAGUGAGACAAAAAGCUGUUGUGGUUCAGAAAAUGGCAAAGAGCAAGCCUGGACUUAAAGAUCGUACUAAAAGGGUCUUCAGUAAUAUCGUGAGUUGGUUUACCGAGUAACAAAUCUAGAAAGGUUACGUAAGGAAGUCUUGCCUGUGGUAUCUAACCUUUUAAUGUCUGUAGGCCUAUAUAAUCUUACUAGUUGUGUUAGAAUGUUUACGUGCAGUACUCUUGUCCAGGGUCGCUAUCAAAAGUCAAUCAUUCCAACUUGUCAGUUAAAAUACUUCACUAAUAAAUGUGAAGACAUUAUGUACUCAUACUGUGCAUCACCCAUAUUAUGACAAUGUCUUUUUACUCUUUCAGUAAUUUCUCAGAUUUGCUGCAGUUAUUAGCGUUUUAUUUAGUUGGUUCUGUGUUAUUAUUGCAUUGAUGAAAUUAUGUUCUAAUUGU